GGCUCCCGGAGCGGCGCGGCUGAGGACGGCCCAGGAGGAGGGAGAGCGCCAUGGCUGGGAGGAGGGCGUGGGGUGCGGGCAGGCAGCGCCGGCUGCUGGGGCUGCUGCUGGCUGUGGCCGCCACCCACCUCCUCGCCUGCCCCUACGCCAAAGUGGAGGAGAGCUUCAACCUGCAGGCCACGCACGACCUGCUUUACCACCGGCUGGAUGUGGACAAGUACGACCAUCUCGAGUUCCCCGGAGUGGUCCCCAGGACGUUCCUCGGGCCGCUGGCCGUGGCGGUGCUCUCCAGCCCUGUGGUCUACGUGCUGUCCCUGCUGGAAGCGUCUAAGUUUUACUCUCAGCUAGUGGUCAGGGCUGUGCUUGGACUCGGGGUCAUCUUCGGACUCUGGACUUUACAAAAGGAAGUGAGGCGGCAGUUUGGAGCCACGGUGGCCACCAUGUUCUGCUGGGUGACGGCCACACAGUUCCAUCUGAUGUUCUACUGCACACGGACGCUCCCCAACGUGCUGGCCCUGCCUGUGGUCCUGCUGGCCCUCACGGCCUGGCUGCAGCUGAAGUGGGCCCGCUUCAUCCGGCUCUCGGCCUUCGCCAUCCUCGUCUUCAGAGCCGAGCUGAGCCUGCUGCUGGGCCUCGCGCUGCUGCUGCUUCUCGGCACCCGGAGGCUCUCCAUGGCGAAGGCCCUGCGCUGUGCCGUGCCGGCCGGACUCCUCUGCUUGGGACUGACGGUCGCCGUGGACUCCUAUUUUUGGCGCUGUCUCGUGUGGCCGGAGGGAAAGGUGCUUUGGUACAACACGGUCCUGAACAAAAGUUCCAACUGGGGAACCUCCCCGCUGCUGUGGUAUUUCUACUCGGCCCUGCCCCGCGGCCUGGGCUGCAGCCUGCUCUUCGUGCCCCUGGGCGCCGUGGACAGGCGGGCGCUGGCGCUGCUGCUGCCCUCGCUGGGCUUCGUGGCGCUGUACUCACUGCUCCCGCACAAGGAGCUGCGGUUCGUCAUCUACGCCUUCCCGCUGCUCAACGUGGUGGCCGCCAGGGGCUGUGCCUGCCUGCUGAACAGCUACAGGAAGUCCUGGCUGUACAAGGUGGGCUCCGUCCUUGUGAUAGGACACCUCUUGGUGAAUGCCACGUACUCGGCCGUAGCCCUGUACGUGUCCCACUUCAACUAUCCCGGUGGCGUGGCCAUGUGGAAACUGCAUGAGUUGGUGUCUCCCAGGACAGAUGUCGUCCUGCACAUCGACGUGGCUGCUGCACAGACAGGUGUGUCCCGGUUUUUGGAGGUCAACAGUGGCUGGAGGUAUGACAAGAGGGAGGACGUGCGGCCUGGGUCUGGGCAUAUGCUGACCUACACGCACCUCCUCAUGGAGGCCGCCCCCGCGCACCUGGCCCUCUACAGGGACACGCACCGGGUCCUGGCCGGCAUCGCAGGCACCACUGGCGUGAGUCUGAACCUGACCACGCUGCCCCCGCUGGACGUGAACCUGCAGACAAAGCUGGUCCUUCUGGAGCGGCUCCGUGGGCCUUCCUGAGCAGGGCCGCGUUCUUCUGAAGACAUCGGAGCUCCGUCAGCGUCCCUGCAGAGACCAUACAAGAAACAACAGAACCAUGGACGUGCCCUGGACGGAGGCCUGAGGGAAGAGCCCAGCUCCUCCACGGCUGCGCAAGACCACACGUGGUCACGGCAGCAGGGACUGCAGGCCUUGCCCUGCACUUCGGCUGCUGCCCCUGGGCCUCUUGGAGCACCCGAGAAAGUGCCCCCAUGGAGGGGUAUCCUGUGAGUCUUUGUGAAGGUGGACAGUGGGAACCGCAGUGCCUGCUGCCCCUCCCCUGCCUGCGCUGCAGGACGAGGCCUUUGCGGGCACAGGCACGACAUUCCCAUCCCACACGAAACUGGGGAAUUCAAGGAGGAACAAGAAUAAAAAUUUAGAUGUUUCUUUAUUAGA